CGAAUAUGCGCUUUAAAAAGAAGUUUCGUCGGUGAUGCACUAAGUAGUAGUAGUACUCGUAGAUGAGUUCAACUUGAAGACGAAGCCAAGAACAACAAAAAUAUGUUCAGUUAAAAUAAUAAAAAACAUUCCAUAAGUGCUCACCAUGGCAAAGCAGAUUACUUCAAAGGAUGUUGCUCAACCCAAAUUACAACCAGCCACUGAUGUUUUUAUUAGUACGAUGGCUGAUGUUGUGAAAGAAGAUGACAUUUAUUCUGUGAUUAAAGCCCAAAGACACAUGCUGUCCAGAUUUGAAAAAACAAAUGAAAUGCUGUUAACAUUCAAUGCACUGUCGUCUCAGAGAUAUGAAGCAAUGUUCCAGGAAUUUAAGAAAAAUACAGCACUUCUUUAUGAUAUGAAGAAAGAUUUGGACACAGUUUUUAGGAAAAUUAGAACUCUUAAAGCCAAACUAAGUAAGCAGUAUCCAGAUGCAUUUGCAGCUUGCAGUGAUGUCUACAAUGUACUGGAGGAGGAAAGUGAAGAAGAAAUAGCAGAUAAACAGCCUGCCAGUUGAUGGUGACGCAGGCACCUUGUGCACACUUUAAGAAUUGGCUUCUCUGAAUAUUGUCUGGUGACUAUGUCAUACUUAUUCUUAGCGCCAGCAGUGCCAGAAGUUGGACAUUUUUAAAACAAAAUAACCAAUAUGUCUUUGGAGGGUUACUAAUUCAUGUUGCCUGGUUCGCAGCAGUGCCGUCAGUGUUAAAUUAUUGCUUGUUGUUAGCGAUACACAUUUCCAAUAAUGAAAUAGUCUACAUUUAUAUAAAUGGCAUGUAUAAAUUCAUUUUUGUAAUUUAUUUUGUAAAAGCUAAAACAUACACAGCUCAAAGGAACAUAUUUCAGAAGUGUUACUGGUAUUUUAAGUGUCACAAUAGUAUACAUCAUAACACCUGUGGAUUCUAGUUCUGUAAAAUGAUGCAAAUUUCUCCCAUUUUUAAGUUGAAAAAGAAUUAAUAUGGUAAUAGUCCUGGGAUGACUUAGACCAUAUACUAUACUUGUAACCUUGGUUUAUAAGUUAAUGACGGUUAUGAAUUGUUAUUGCAGCUACAUGGACAUUAAAUUGCGAGUAGUGCAAUCGAGUGAAAUUCUCUGAACCGUUUCAGAUGUUUUUCGUAUUAAGUGCAAGUACCUUUUUAUGUAUUGGAGUACGUAUGAUCUGGUAAGUUAUUGUGCUGAAGACUGCACUUUAAGUGUAGCGUAGAAAUAAUUUUUUUUUACACUUUCAAAAUCCCACAAUGUUCAAAUAUUGCUUUCAGCCUUCACCAGUUAUAAAUUUCAUGAAAUAUAAAAAAAAAACUUCCGACU